AUGGAAGGACGCCGGACACUCUGCUUUAUUGUGCUGAGUUUUGCAGCCGUCACCGGCGUGACAUCUACAAUCAAAGAAAGCCUGAACAUACCCGAGAAGAUCAUCGGUGGAGUUAUCGACAUCGUGCAGAGCCACAAAAACAAACCAGUCCAGGGUCAGCAGCCAGCCUACCCCCCCAACUACCAGUACCCUCAAUACCAGCAGUGGAACGGCCAGUCAAACUACCAAGGUCAAGGAUUCCAGCCCCAGCCCCAAUUCCAGGGUCAACAGUUCCAGAAUCAGGGACAAUACACAAGCUUCCCCCAAGGCGGUAACAACAAUUUUCCUCAAGGUAGUAACAACAAUUUCCCCCAAGGGAGCAACACCAAUUUCCCACAAGGAGCUACCAACAAUUAUCCGCAAAGUGGGAACAACAAUUUUCCGCAAUCUGGUAACAAUUUUCCCCAAAAUGGGAAUAAUUAUGGCAGCGGUAGCAGCAGCCAAAGCUAUCCAGCUGUGACUGGGCAGUCAUUCAACCAAGGACAGAGCCCAGGGCAGUAUCAAGGAGUCUACCACAACGCCAAUCAGAUGGGCCAACCAACCCAACAGCAAAAUACACAGACCGGGUACUACACUCAAAGUCAGUCCAACGGCCAAUAUCAAGGUACCAAUACUGGCACCGGCCAAUAUACUGGACAGCAAGGAUUCGUUGGCCAAGGAAAUGGAUCUGGUCAAACUAGCCAAGGGUUUUAUGGAAAUGGUGCUCCACAAGCUGGCCAAGGUACUCAAGGGCCUACGUGCGUUUGCCAAGCUUGGACCAAACCACCUCAAGAGAUUUAUGGAGAUUCACCAGUAACUGAGAAGAAUGAAAAGAAGGAAGAAUCGGCUAAAGAACGAAUGAUCUAUACAUAA